CGAAUCGCUUCUCAACUCCUCCUUUCCAUCCCCACCGAGAUUGAUUGUAUCAUCUACGACAGGCCAGUAGUCAAUCAAAAGAUUCAUCAAACAUCCCCCGUGGCAAAGACACCAGCGCUACCAUGCAAGCCCAGCAGUUUUGGGUCAACGAAGCCCACAAGCAACCAGAUGCUCGUGCGUUAGCGAAUGAUCAGGGCCUAGAGCUUCCAGCAGGCAACUUCCAGGGACUCAAGGCUGGCCUCAAGUACCCGAUUCGCCGGCUUGUCAUGACUGGCAAAGAUACUCCCGAGAACUUCCGUAUCUUCUUCGGCGUCGACAGCGUCCCGGACAUCCAUGCCGAAACCCGCAAAGAGGUACUCAUGACUCCCACUGUUCAGGAAGGAUCCCCGAGCCAAAUGAUGAAUCGUUUCUGGGACGAGGGUUGCCCAUCAUUCUCACCUAGACCAGCCACGGAAGCUGAGCAGGCGGAGAUACAGAGGCAGCUGGACUUUAUCCAGGGAUUUAGCGGAUUCUUGGGGAGCCGAUGAAUGGAGAAAUACGAAAGGUUUUUUGUUCUUUUCCUUUGUUUUGGAGGUUAUCUCCGCGGGCACGCAGGGGCAUUUGGCUAGCCGUCGCUGUCGCUAUUGCUAAAGCGCUCUUGCUGUUGCCAUUGCCGUCGCCGUCUCUUGUUCCGUGGCUGGCCCCUGCCUGAAAUCUAAAUAGCUAAAUGCCCUUGCCUGCGGUGACAAGAUUCUGGUUUGGGGCUGGGUGGUAGAGGAGAAAAACUGUGCUAGGUAUGUAGACACCUCGCUAGAAUAUCAACCUGCUUCACCAAUAUAUUUUUAUCCA